CCCCGCCUCCCGCCGGGACCUUCGCGCAGGGCCGGCGGGAGCUGCCGCCCGGGUCAGGCCGCGCGCGUGCACGUGCGCGGGCGCCGCGCCGCGGCCCCGCCCCGCGCCGACUCCGCCCCGCGUCGGCCCCGCCCUGCGCGCGCGCCGGCGUCGGCUGCGUCUCCGGCGUUUGAAUUGCGCUUCCGCCAUCUUCCCAGCCUCAGUCGGACGGGCGCGGAGACGCUUCUGGAAGAAACGCCGCGAUGGCCGCCCAGGGAGAGCCGCAGGUCCAGUUCAAACUUGUGUUGGUUGGUGAUGGUGGUACUGGAAAAACUACAUUCGUGAAACGUCAUUUGACCGGUGAAUUCGAGAAGAAGUAUGUAGCCACCUUAGGCGUCGAGGUCCACCCCCUCGUGUUCCACACCAACAGAGGACCCAUCAAGUUCAACGUCUGGGAUACGGCUGGCCAGGAGAAGUUCGGGGGGCUGAGAGACGGCUAUUACAUCCAAGCCCAGUGUGCCAUUAUAAUGUUUGACGUAACAUCAAGAGUUACUUACAAGAAUGUGCCUAACUGGCAUAGAGAUCUGGUACGAGUAUGUGAAAACAUCCCCAUUGUGUUGUGUGGCAACAAAGUGGAUAUUAAGGACAGGAAAGUGAAGGCAAAAUCGAUUGUCUUCCACCGAAAGAAGAAUCUUCAAUACUACGACAUUUCUGCCAAAAGUAACUACAACUUUGAAAAGCCCUUCCUCUGGCUUGCUAGAAAGCUCAUUGGAGACCCUAACUUGGAGUUUGUUGCCAUGCCUGCUCUUGCCCCACCAGAGGUUGUCAUGGACCCAGCUUUGGCAGCGCAGUAUGAGCAUGACUUAGAGGUGGCUCAGACAACCGCUCUCCCGGAUGAGGAUGAUGACCUGUGAGAAUGAAGCUGGAGCCCAGCGUCAGAAGUCUAGUUUUAUAGGCUGUCCUGUGAUGUCAGCGGUGCAGCGUGUGUGCCACUUUAUUAUCUAGCUAAGCGGAACAUGUGCUUCAUCUGUGGGAUGCUGAAGGAGAUGGAUGGGCUUCAGAGUGAAUGGCAGUUUAAAAAAUACCUUCAUUGUUUGGACCUGCAUAUUUAGCUGUUUUGGAACGCAGUUGAUCCUCCUUGAGUUUCCAAUAUAAGACUGCUACAGUCACAUCACAAUAUUCAGUGGUGAAACCCUGUUUGUUAACUGUCCUUCCCAUUCCUUUUCGUUUAGAAUCAGAAUAAAGUUGUAUUUCAAAUAUCUAA